AUGAAUUUUAUGAAUUUCAAAACAAGUCACAUAAAUAGCAAGACAAAUAAUCAAGAGAAACAUUUCUCCUAUUCGGCCGACCACGGAUCUUCAAGCAAUAGUGUUGUUAUUGUGGACAUUAUUGAGGAUGCAGAAGAAAAUAAUUAUACGAAAGGUAAAUUUAUUGGAAUGUCUUCUCAGCAGCUGCAUGAUUCGUUGCCAGACUCUCACAACCAAAUUAAUAAGAAAAUGCAAACAAACCCAUUCAACAACAUGCAGAAGAAACAAGGCGAUUCAACUUGUCAAGAAAAAGCAUUAGAAACUAAAGAUAAUAUUAUUGGAGAGAAUAUUGAAAUGCUGAAUGCAAGUACAAUUGAUUUGUCUAAGAUUUCUCCAUCAAUUAUUUCCUCUCUUUGUGAAAAAAACAAUCAUCAGCAACAACCAGAUAUUACACCUCCAUCAGGAUGUGAUAAUCAACAUUAUGAGAAAUCAAUAAUUGGUAAAUUGGAGGAAACAUUGGUUGAACCUAUUCACAUGGAAGCAUUUUCUAUUCAACCUUCUUAUUCAAGAAAUGUAAUGAAUUCAUCAUCAUCACAUCAUGAAGAACAAGACAACAACAAUGAAAUUAUAUUAGAACCUCCCCAAAGAAAGUAUCACCAUGCACUUUCCUAUAGUAAUUCAAGUCAUAGUAGCACUUCAACAACAAGUGAAGAAGGAGAGACCUUCUCAAUCUAUACAUUGGAUGGUUCUCUUACUAAUCUCCAUCAUCAAGAACAACCCAACUCUUCAAACAAUCUCAAACAAUUGUCAACCUCAACAGCAGUAGAUAACAACAAUAGCACACUCGAUCUUCUUCAAUCGAUCAGAGAUGAACACUCGAAAAUUAAUUCCCUUCUACAUAACCUUCAGCAUGAUGAUAACAAGGAUGAACAUUCACAAUUCCAUCAUGAAAUUCUCCACAGGAGUAAUAAGACCAUCGUCAACAACAAUAAGAAGCACCAACAGAAUAUUACAACAACAAUCAAACAAGAACACGAAGAAUCAAACAAAACAAGAGAAAAAAAUUCCAAAAUUCCUUCCUCUUCCAUUCUUGUUCUCGUUGGGAAUCAUCAGCAGAAGAACUCUACUCUGAUAAUGAUGAGAGGGUUAAAUAUUGCUGCUUUUGCAUUGUUGGAUAUUUCGUUUGUGAUUGGAGCAGCAUUGUUCGUGGCUGGAUGUGGUUUAUUGAUUGCUAAUAAUGUAACCUUCUUCUUCUCGGGAAUAUUAUUGUUUAUUAUAGGAUCAGUUUUAUUCCUUGUUGGACCAUUGGGAAAGGCUUUGGUUGAUGUCAUUAAUUUAAUUAGACAUUUCAGAUGGGAGAAGAAAGUGAAGGAAAUUACAAAUUUACAAAAUGAAAGUUCUAAAAGGUUAAAAGAUCAAAUGCAUGAAUUACAUCAAGAUAUUAGUUCAUAUAGACCUCCUGAUUUACCUCCAUUGAAAAUGAUUAUUUUGGAAAUGGUGAAUGAUUUCUUUUUAAUUUUGGGAGGAUUAACUUUUACAAUUGGAUCUUCGUUAUACAUGUUGAAUCCACCUAUUUUAAUUGUAAUUAUUGCAGAGGUCAAUUGGUCUGUUGGAGCUAUUUCAUAUUUAAUUGUUUCAAUAAUUCAAUAUAUUGUAAAACAAGUGGAUAUCAUUAAAUCUGCUAGGAAUGGAAUGGAUAUCAAUGUAAAAUGUUUUACAUUCAUGUCAAUUGAUUUAUCUGCUUAUUUAUUGAAUAUUACAAGUAGUUUAUUAUUCACAAUUGGUUCAGGUUGCUUUUUAGUUAAUGAAAGAUCUUUGGAAAUUACAGGAGAAGUAAUUUGGUCUUUGGGAUGUAUUGCCAUGAUAAUUGCUGUUAUUUGUAAUAGAAUAAUUUGGAUUAAGAGUACAUGGUUUGAAAGAAAAGACACUACCAAUAGUUUGCUUCCUUAGCUUAUCCUAUUUCUAGAAUCUAAGGGUCUAAGUGGUAAUGGUUCACUUGUUAAAUAAUCCAUAUUUCAAUUGGAAAAUGUUGGAAAGGUGAAAAUGUACAAGGCGUAUAUGGAGAUUGUUGAAUUAUCUUCAAGGGAUUCUUGUGUUGUAGACUUUAGUCUCCUAUUGGCGAAGUGAACGUAAAUUUACGCAAAUUUUUGAUAUUUGCAAAUAUUUUGCAACCAAAAGUAAAAAAUAUUAAUUUCAAUAAAUUUUCUAAUAGAUCAC